AUGAAGUACAUCCUGGUCACGGGCGGGGUGAUCUCGGGCAUCGGCAAGGGGAUCAUCGCCAGCAGCAUCGGCACCAUCCUCAAGUCGUGCGGGCUGCAUGUCACCUCCAUUAAGAUCGACCCCUACAUCAACAUCGACGCCGGCACCUUCUCCCCGUACGAGCACGGGGAGGUGUUUGUGCUGGAUGAUGGAGGAGAAGUGGACCUGGACCUCGGGAACUACGAGCGCUUCCUCGAUAUCCGACUCACCAAAGACAACAACCUGACCACUGGGAAGAUCUACCAGUAUGUCAUUAACAAGGAGAGGAAGGGAGAUUAUCUGGGCAAAACGGUCCAAGUUGUUCCCCACAUCACAGAUGCCAUACAGGAAUGGGUAAUGAGGCAGGCACGAAUUCCUGUGGAUGAAGAUGGCAUUGAACCCCAAGUUUGUGUGAUUGAGCUCGGGGGCACCGUGGGGGACAUUGAGAGCAUGCCUUUCAUCGAGGCCUUCCGCCAGUUCCAGUUCAAAGCCAAAAGAGAGAAUUUCUGUAACAUUCACGUCAGUCUGGUUCCCCAGCCAAGCUCCACAGGGGAGCAGAAGACCAAACCCACCCAGAACAGUGUUCGUGAGCUCAGAGGUCUCGGGCUCUCUCCAGAUCUGAUUGUUUGCAGGUGCUCCACUCCUCUGGAUACCUCAGUAAAAGAAAAGAUUUCCAUGUUCUGUCAUGUUGAACCAGAACAGGUCAUUUGUGUUCAUGAUGUCUCCUCCAUCUACCGGGUUCCUCUGUUGUUGGAGGAGCAGGGAGUUGUGGAUUACUUCAGGCACAGGCUGGACCUUCCCAUCGAGAGGCAGCCCAGGAGGAUGCUCAUGAAGUGGAAGGAGAUGGCUGACAGGUACGACCGUCUACUUGAAACGUGUUCCAUUGCCCUGGUGGGCAAAUACACCAAAUUUUCUGACUCCUAUGCAUCUGUCAUCAAAGCCCUGGAGCACUCUGCCCUGGCCAUCAACCACAAACUCGACAUUAAGUACAUUGACUCUGCUGACUUGGAGCCAGAGACUCUGCAGGAGGAGCCUGUGAGGUACCACGAAGCAUGGCAGAAGCUCUGUGGUGCUGAUGGAAUUCUGGUUCCUGGUGGAUUUGGUGUUCGAGGCACAGAAGGCAAAAUUCAAGCUAUUUCCUGGGCAAGAAAACAGAAAAAACCAUUCUUAGGAGUCUGUUUGGGAAUGCAGUUGGCAGUGGUGGAGUUUGCUCGCAGUGUCCUUGGUUGGCAAGAUGCAAACUCAACAGAGUUUGACCCCAGAACUUCUCAUCCAGUGGUCAUAGACAUGCCAGAACAUAAUCCUGGGCAAAUGGGUGGGACAAUGAGGCUUGGCAAGAGAAGGACACUCUUCCAAACCAAGAAUUCAAUCAUGAGGAAGCUGUAUGGAGAUCACGAUUUCCUGGAAGAGAGACACAGACACAGAUUUGAGGUCAAUCCAGAACUGAAAAAGUGUUUUGAAGAGCAUGGUCUGAAGUUCGUGGGGCAGGAUGAGGAGGGAGAGAGGAUGGAAGUGGUUGAGCUGGAAGAGCAUCCUUUCUUCGUUGGUGUUCAGUAUCACCCCGAGUUCCUCUCCAGGCCCAUCAAGCCAUCACCCCCAUACUUUGGGCUCCUCCUGGCAUCUGCAGGGAGACUUACCCACUACCUACAGAAGGGCUGCAGGCUCUCUCCCAGGGACACCUACAGUGACCGGAGUGGCAGCAGCUCUCCUGACCUGGAGAUAACAGAGCUGAAAUUCCCUUCAGCAAAUCAUGACUGAUUCCUGGUGUGUCCUUGCUGCAGAGAGGAGUCUCCAUUAGGUUCUCCAGGUGUUCUUACAGCAGUAGCUCCAACACCCUCAGCUUUAGGCUUUCCUAACUUAAGGGUUUAUAAUUUUUAUUCUGAGAUCCUGU